GACAGGGGUGUGCCGGUGGGGUGGUUGGUGGUGUAGGUCAUGACUGCUUCUGGGUGGCACAGCUGGAGCUGCUGCCUCACAGCUCCAGACACCCAGGGUCAGUCCUGGGCUCGGACGCUGUCACAUUCUCCCUGUGACUGUAUAUGUUUCCCUGGGUGCUCCAAUUUCCGCCAGCAUCCCAAAGACGCGCGGCAGCCACCCCUGUUGCCGUAUUUUUUUACUGAGUUGUUUGCUAUGGCCUUGGUGAGUCUGAUGGUCAUCUACGAGGAUGACUCUGUGGAAAUCCAAUAUACGGACGGCUCCAACCUCCAGCUCUCCCCUUGUGGAUCAGAGUUUAUGAUCGAGAAGGGUCCUGCGCCGAACUUGCACCCCUUGCAGAGCUGCUGCCGGGUCCGCCAGCGAACGCCAUUUGUCAUCAGCAUUUACAAGGAGCAAGUUCUGCAUGCACUGGAGUUCAGGAAUCGAUUUGCCUCUCGUCCUUAUCUCCCUGCAGAUCUGAUCACUGCAGACAAGCUAUUGAAUCUGUUCCUUGAUAUCUCUGAAGUGAAGUGGCCCGGUGCCAAUAGUGAAGGUGCAGUGACAGUUGCCGACAAUGGUCAGGUUACGGUCUCCUCCCUUGGAGGUCACGCCUUCUUCUACUUGUCUCCAUCUCAGCUGGAGUUCACUGUGGAGUUCCUGGUGCGAGUCAGCCAGUCCAUCUUGGGCAAGCCACAUCUUAAACCGGGAUUGGUACAGAGUGACGGGCUUUGCCAGCCGCCUUGUUCAGAUCAGGAGAACGUGAAGCCUGUAGGACUUGCGUCUGGGCACAACGGUUCAGAGAGAAGAACCCGAAGUUGGCAGAAUCAAGCCCCAGGAGCUGCCCGUCCCUGUGAGUCACAUCUCAAGGACAGGGGGUCAACAGAGAUCUAUUCCAAGUACAAGUACCAGUACACCUGGGUGGUCCAGCAUCACACAGUGUCCUGGUGUCCACCAGAGUGGCGUCAUCCUCUGAGUCUGGCUCUUCGCUAUAAUCGCCAACAAGAUAAAUCACCAGGCCCAGACAGGAUGGGCGACCACCCAGGCAGUCCUGACAAGCCUGGGACACCGGGGCCUGUGGCAGUGCCAGAAGUGACCACUGUUCUUCGCAGCGCGCUGCCUCUUAACUGCCCAGCCCCACAUCUUCACAGAUGGCGAUACAGAAAUGUGUUGAGUCAGAGAAAAUUGGACUUGGAGACCUGUCUGUGUUCAGAGCCAGUGAAAGUGGUUUGGUGCCAAGGGGUUGUCUACAGGGUAAUUGCAGGGUCAGUGACCUCUGUGGAAAUUUACCCAGGAGAUGGUUCUGUUCUCAAACCCCAUGAUACCAUGAGCAACUACUUCACUCAUUAUCGAGUGGGACACACUGAUGGGCAGGGAGAAGAAAGAAUGUACAGGGUGAGCAGUCUUCCACCUGACACGGCCGGCUCCAAGUACUCCGUCCGUUCCGUGGUCACACGUGCAGUCAGGAUCCUGCAGUGCUGGAACCAGUUUAAGCUGUCUCUAAAACCGCCCAGUGUGAGCUGCUGGAAAACGGAGGAGUUCCAGUCGGGGCUUUCUAACCAGCUCCCAGUUAUUCUCGCCGAGGAAGUGAUUCGGAAUGUUGGAAGAUUUUUGGCGUUUUCCGAUGGACGGGUCCACAUCACUUUCUGCAACGGUGUGAGACUGAACACAACCUGGGACUUUGGGUCCCAGUGUAGACGAGAGGAGCAGACCUUGUCCCAGCAGUGGGAUCCCUUGAUCUUGCCUAUGGCACAAAGUGAAACACAAACUGACAUGAUGCCUGGUUGGUACCAAUUACUGUUUCCAGAUGGAUCCUCCCAAUUGGUGCAGAUGCAUUCUGCUGGAAGCUACGAGAGGUACCUUACUGCAGCAACGGACUGGUGUCGAUACGUGAAUGAAAACCCACAUCAGAGAAAAUCCAAGGACCUGCCCAAACUACAGGCGAGUGGGCAGGAUGAGAACUGGUCUGUCAUCUCAGAACUUCAAAAAAUCCAAAGGUUUAACUUUCUGCUGGAGAACUCCAACUGUCUGAAGCGAGAGUCCUCGUCAUGCGCUGGUCCUGUCGCUCAGCAGCCCACGGCAAUGACCAGCUCCUCGCAGGGAGAGGAAGGUUGGAGCGUCGAGGGAGCACUGAGGCAGACGGGCAGGGCAAUCCAAGAUAUCGAGCUGCUGCUGGAGGCAAACCAGAAAGUGCGGAGAGGAAAAUCAGCUGAGAGAGGUGAAGGAUUGGGCACUGUCGGGGAAACAAAGGGGUGCAGUGGAUAACAGAUCAGUGUAGGGAGGUGUCCCUGAGUCUGCUUGACGUGUGGAAGGCCACGUCAAAAAACUUAACGCGGGGAACUUGUUUGGUUACCUUGUUGGUCACUGCGUCUUCAAGACGUGUCAUAAACUUCAGGACAAUGGACUAUCCGUCUGAUGACCGUCCACUCUUUUGAUUCCACGUGUUUGUGAUGUGCUCCUGGCGUUUAAAAGAUGCAGUCGCCACAGAGGCGAGGGUUCUGAGACUGUGGGGGGAGAAAGAAUUGUCAACAUAUUGGAUCAAAACCCUCUGCCAGUGGAGAGGGGAGAUACCAGGGUAAA